GUAUUGAACAUCACUAAGUCCGCCCGCCAUAUUUCUAUUUUCUGUAGCAUUUUUUUGUUCAUGAUUUCGGAGCCUUGAAUGUUAUCGUUUUCUUUAAUUUAUCUAGUGCAAUUAGUUUUGUGUAUUAAAUAUCCUGACUAGACUAAGCUCAAGUCAUCGCAAGAUUUGGAGAUAUCACAAUGAAGAGGGACGCUUACGCCGACGACGGUCCAUCCAUGAAAAGGCAACGGCAAACUGACGACGAAGUCACUUUUCUGAUUCCGAGUAAGGUGGCUGGCUCCAUCAUCGGAAAAGGUGGCACUAAUAUUUCAAAAUUAAGAAAUCAGUACAAUGCCUCUAUUACAGUCCCAGAUUGCCCCGGCCCCGAACGGGUAUUAUCUAUAACAGCUGCGGACGUAGAGACGAUUUUAGAAAUCGUUAAAGCUAUUUUGCCGAAUUUGGCCGAUGGAGGACCAAGAAGUAGUGGCAAUGAAGAUUUGGAUGUUCGUCUACUGAUUCAUCAAAGUCGAGCUGGCUGCGUUAUCGGCAAGGCUGGUGCGAAGAUCAAGGAAUUGCGAGAGAAAACCGGUGCGCGACUGAAGAUAUUUUCUAGUCCGGCGCCGCAGAGCUCUGAGCGGGUGGUGCAGCUGGUGGGCAAGGCUGACGCGGUCGCGGCCGGUAUUCGCGAGGUGCUCGACCUCAUACGACAGGUGCCGAUCAAAGGUUCGAUCCAGAAUUACGAUCCGCAUAAUUACGAUGAUUUCUACGCGGACGAGUACGGUGGUUUCGGUGGGGGGCAGGGGGGAGGUGGAAGCAGUGGUGGACGAGCGGGCCCGCGGGGCGCUCCACCACGUGGCGGCGCACCAGGGCGUGGGCCUCCAAUGGGGCCAGGCAGAGGACCUCGGGGCCCUCCCAUGAACCGCGGCCCGCCGGGGCCCAGGGCAGGGUUCAACGACUUCGGUGGUCCGGGUGGGCCUGGACCGCGCGGAUUCAACGGCCCCCCUCGUGGCAACUUCGGAGGCGGCGGCGGCAACUUUGGUGGUGGCGGUGGCAACUUUGGCCGCGGCGAAGGCGGCGGCCGCGGUAACUCCUCCGGCAAUUUCAGUAGCAAUGGUGGUGGCCAACAGGACACCACUACACAAGUUACCAUACCGAUUGAUCUCGCCGGCGCCAUAAUCGGUCAAGGCGGAUCGCGGAUCCGUAAGAUCCGCGCGGAGAGUGGAGCCCGCAUAGAGAUCGCGGAGCCCCUGCCCGGAUCCAACGAUCGUAUCAUUACCAUCACUGGCACGCAACAACGCAUACAGAUGGCACAGUACUUGCUGCAACAAAGUGUUCACGAGAGCAACUUGAAUCACGGCCGCGGCAACUUCUGAUUCCGAUAGCCAGUUUAAUAAAAUAUUUUUACUCCGAAGCUUUAUUUAGUAGUCUCCAAACUCCAGAAUCAUUGUAAUAGUGAGGCUCAUUACAUGUAAAAUUUUGUUAAUAAAUUUGUAUCAAAUU